CGACGAGGCACGAGAGGAAGCGCUUGUUAGGGGAUCGAUGUGCGGUGGUUGGGCCGUUGAAUCGUACGUCUGGCACGGGUCCCGCGAAUGCACCCGGCUGCGCUCUGCUGCCAUCUGGCGCCCAAACCCGCGCUAACCAACCUGAUUAAUCACUUUUACAUGCUCUUUUCUAUCCAUUUUCGGUCAACCAUGAGUAUCUACUCGACGCGGAAUGUCAGCCGAAAAUCAGAGUGUAUCUCCAGUCCCCCAGAAAGGAGCCACGAGCAAUAGGAAGGGAGAAAUAAGGGAUAAAAAAGGCUGAUGUUGUGUGGCUGAGCGCCCCCGCCACACUCCCUUGUUCAGCGCCGCACACACUCGAGUACCGCGGCUUGGAGGACGCUCGGUGGCUUCCCGCACGCUUUUCUCGCCCAAAUUCAAGGGUCCAGUGCCGAAAAUGUGCUUAAAAUGACGCGCAGGACCUGGUUCAAAGUGCAGUGUGUGAUGUGAGUGCAAAAUAACGGCGGGGAAGUGAAAAUUUAAAGGUGAAUUCGAGGUGAUAGUUGUAAACUGGCUGGCGGUGAGAUCGGUUAGUCGCGCCUGGUGACUGUCGCGCACUUUUUGUCAUGGAACUCGCAAAUCCGCGUGCCAGCCUCGCUCUAAGGAACUCCUCGACCCGACAGUGCUCUUAAGGUGUCUCUGUUGCCCUCCUUGGUGAGGCCUGUGUCGGCGGUGGUGCUCCGAGGAACCGCAGAAGAGGCGCAAGUCGUCGAGGUCUCGGCGGAGGAGGUGGCGACUCGGCUCGACCACUCUCGCCAGGCGGAGGUUCCUCUUGGUCGAUACCGGCGGCCGCUUCUUCCCUUCCACACACCCACCUAUUUUAGCCAGCACGCCCUCGCCCGCACGCCCUCGCCCUCGCCCGCACGCCCACGCCCAUCGCCAGCCUCUGCUCUAGGACCUACGCCCUUCGCCGCACGGAUCUGGAGGCCGGCAGAAGCGACACACAGGUAUACCACGUGUCGUAGUGCAACUGCCCCUCGCUGUGUUGAGGCGGUGGGGACGGGCCAUGAGGGAAGUGGACGCUUGCCAACCCCUCCUCCUCAGCCGCAGCAGCAGCAGCAGCCUCGCUCGCCGCACCAGCAGCAUCAACAACAACAGCUGCAGCCGGCGGGGAUGAGGGUGUCGCCUGCACCGCCGCUGUCUGCAGGAGCCAACCCGCCUCACCCCCCUCAUUCUCCGCACAUGUCUCCUGCCGUAGAUGUCCGUGGUCGCCUCCUGCACCAUCCCCAACAGCUCGCUUUCCUCCACCACCACCACUCCAGCUCCGCCCCCACCUCCAACUCCACCUCCGGACCGUCUGCACCACCACAACCACCACAACUACUCGAUGUUGCUUCUCAUAUCCCAACUUCCUCAGGUGGACCGGGGAGCGUUGUGAUGCCCCCCCACCCUGGCAGUGGACAGAGUGAUAGUCGCAACAGCAACAUGCAUGCACCUGGGUAUCCCCCUGGUGGGCCCCCACACAUGGCAACAGGCCCUCCCUCUGGGCCGCAUGGCUACCCCACAAAGCUCGGCCACAUGCCACCCAGUGGGCCCCCUGGACCCCCAUAUGGGCAGCCAGGCUAUCAAGCAGGCCACCAGUACCCCCCUGUAAGACCCCAGGGGCCCAUGAUGCAGCCGUACCCACAAAACUUUCCCCCUGGCGGUCCACAGGGUCCUCAGGGCCCUCAGGGUCCCCCUUCUUCCAUGCCGCCAGGCCAUCAGUAUCCCCCACGGCCCCCGCCCAACAACCAUGUUCCCCCCAGCCAGCCAUACGGGUAUCCUCCUUUCGGGACGCAGGGUUGGGGAGGACAGACCAUGAACCAGGGCCCACCGGGACCAGGUGGUAUGCCCAGCUCCAUGAUGCCUGGGGGACCUGGUAUGCCAGGGAAAGGUGGACCCGUUCAGAUGCCAGGUCAGUCAAAUCAACCUGGUGCCAGUAGUAGUGGUGGAGGUCCUCGACCCCACACUCCCCCACACACCCACUACCUGAAGCAGCACAUUCAGCACAAGAUCAGUGGGUAUGGCGCAACCCAGAUGUACCCCAAUGGCCCCGGGAUGCCCGGGAUGCCCAACAGCCCCCAGAACAACAUGCCACCUCCCACGUCCACCCCACAGCCAAUCACCCCAACCAGCACCCCACUGGAGUCUGGGGACCACUCGGGGAGUAACACUUCUGUCAACAACACCAACCCACCUUCUAUAGGCCCAGAUGGGAACCCAGUUGUGGAUGAGGCUUCGCAACAAUCCACUGUUUCUAAUACCUCUGCUGCUUCAGGAGAGGACCGUUCAGGCACACCAAAACCACAUAAGGACGGCCCAAUGGGAGGACCAGGAGGCAUGCCAGGUGGAAUGACAGGUGGACAGCACCCACCCUCCCAUCCACCAACGCCCAUCAACUCUGCCCCUUCACCUGGUGCUGCCUCCAUGACCUCACAGCAGGACGAAUUUGAAAAUUUGAAUUCUCCUGGCUGGCCAAGGAGCCCCAGCACACAGACGGUGUAUGCUAACAGUCAACCACCCCCACCCCCAGACAUCUACAGACCAUCCAAGCCAGGAGAAAACAUCGCAAGACUGUAUGAAAUGUCAGACUCGCCCGAGCGUCGUGCCUGGCUCGACAAACUGCUAUCUUUCAUGGAUGAGAACAAAACCCCAAUCACUGCGUGUCCAACCAUCAGCAAGAAUCCACUCGAUCUCUAUGCCCUGUAUCUGCAUGUGCGGGAACGAGGCGGCUUUGUGGAGGUUACCAAGAACAAGCAGUGGAAGGAUGUGGCUGCCGUCAUGGGCAUUGGGGCCUCGUCCAGUGGCUCGUACACUCUCCGCAAGCACUACAUGAAGCACAUCCUGGCCUAUGAGUGCAAGUUUGACCGGGGAGGCAUUGACCCCCUCCCCAUCAUCAAUCAGAUCGAAUCGGCAGCCAAGAAGAAGACAACGAAGACGAUAUCGGUGCCCUCUCCUGGUUCUUCAAACUCUCAAGAUUCCUUCCCACCAGCUGGCUCCAACAGCAGUUCCAUGGACGGGUUUUCCAAUGGUCCACAUGUACCUGGUGGUCCAGGAGUGCCUGGGCCUUAUCCCCAGUAUCCUCCAGCAUCUGAGUAUGGCUCUCAUAUGCAGCAGCGUCCUCCUUCACAGUCAACUCCUGGUCCAGUAGGCAACGGGGAAAACGUGAACGUGUCUAACCCAUUUGAUGAUCAGUGUCAGUACUCACGCACUUACCAUAACUCAUAUUCUCGAACUCCGGGUUAUCAGGGUUACCAAGGGGGACAAUACCACAGCUACCAGGGGAUGCAAGGGAACUACAGCCAGGGGGGAUACCAUAACUCUGGCUACCCUCCAGAUGGCCGGGGCUACCAGCCUCCGGGGCCCCCCAACCAUCAAGGCAACUACCAGGGGGGCUACCAGCAGCCGGGGAGCUACCAGAGGCCGGGCUAUGCGCCUGGGCAGCCGGGUUACCAGCAAGACCAGUUUCCG